GGCAUGAAAUCGGUUUUGAUUUCAGUGACAAUUUAACUUUAGCAUUGAACGUAUCAAAAUAAGGAAUUUCGUGGAGUUUUAUACAUUUUAUUGAAGCGGAUUUUUUUAUAGAAGUGGAGCAGGAGAAUAAAUCUUUGAUAAUAGUGAAAAGUAAUUUAUUUAAACGGAAUUGGCCGAUUUUGGAGCCAGAUAAAAUGUUGACAUAUUACGCCGCGUUGUUUGGCCUCCUCGCGCUAUUAGUCAUCAUCAUCAGCGAACUGCUGCGCUUAUGGCAAUCACGCAAGUAUCCACGCGGACCCUGGGGCCUGCCCAUACUUGGCUAUUUGCCAUUUCUCGAUAAACGUGAACCGUACAAAACAUUAACGGAAUUAGCGAAACGCUAUGGACCAGUCUAUUCGUUGCGGCUGGGCAAUGUGAAUGUGGUGGUGUUGGCCGAUGCGGCGUCGGUGCGGGAAUUUUUGAAAUGCGAAGAAUUCACUGCGCGUGCACCGCUCUAUGUGACGCACGGCAUUAUGGGUGGAUUUGGUCUCAUCUGCUCGGAGGGCGCGCUGUGGCGCAAUCAACGCAAGCACGUCAUUGACUGGCUGAAAGACUUGGGCAUGACAAAAAAACAAGGCAACGCGCGUAAAUCAAUGGAGCAGCGUAUAAAGAGCGGUGUUAUAGAAUGCAUGAAGUCUUUCAGAGACGAUUCCAAGAAGCAUUCAUCUUUCGAUCCACAUCACGCGCUGCAACACACAUUGGGCAACAUCAUCAACGAUUUGGUGUUUGGCGUGAAAUACGCACGCGAUGACGUCACUUGGAAGUAUUUGCUGCAGCUGCAGGAGAAGGGUCUCAAGCUGAUAGGCGUCUCUGGUGCAGUGAAUUUCUUGCCAUGGCUAAGAUUCUUACCUUGGAACAUGCGUUCCAUACGUUUUCUACUCGACGGCAAGGCGCGCACACAUGAGAUCUACAACACUCUCAUUGCGAAGCGUGAGCAGUUGUGGGAACAACGCAAAGCGUUGGGCGCGGAGAAUUUCAAUAUUUUGGAUCAUUUCAUUGACGAACGCAAUCGACGUGAGUAUUCAGACAAAGCCGAAGAGCGUCUCUCCACCGACAUCUACUACACGCAGGAGCAGUUGCUGCAUCUGCUUGCUGAUAUGUUCGGCGCCGGACUGGACACCUCGCUGGCGACAAUGCGUUGGUUUCUGCUCUACAUGUGCAAGUAUCAGGAGGUGCAGGAGCAACUCAGAACGGAACUUCUCAAAAUACCAGAUACCGAAUUCGACUUGGAACAUCUGGAGCAGUGUCACUUCUUGCGCGCUUGCAUCUCGGAAAUACAGCGCAUACGCUCGGUUGUGCCGCUGGGCAUACCGCAUGGUGCUGUGGAUGAUUUCACCAUUCAGGGUCAUUUGAUACCCAAGAAUUGUAUGAUCAUCCCACUGCAGUGGUCUGCGCAUAUGAGUCGCCUCAAAUGGAUCGAACCGGAACUGUAUUGGCCCGGUCGAUUUUUGGAUGAUGAUGAGCAAUAUCGUCAGCCUGCUGAUUUCAUACCAUUCCAGACGGGCAAACGCAUGUGCCCCGGCGAGGAGCUAGCACGCAUGAUGCUCUUCCUCUAUUGUGGCUACAUAAUACGCAACUUCUACAUACGUUUAUCGCCCGAGUGUGAAGGCAUGAGCUCACGUGGUGAAAAUGGCAUCACUUUAGUGCCGGCAAAAUAUGAAAUCGUCGCAACACCUAUGCGCAACAUGAAGGACCUUGUUAAGGACGACGAUGUGGACAUGUACAAAGCGGUGGCAGUGAAGAAGGACAUCAAAUCAAACACAAUAUGAAUUUAGUUUAAAAAAAUCGCUUUUUAUAUAAUUUCUUUUCAAUAUGUAUAUGUGUAUGUGUGUGUUUGUUGUAAUUUCUUCACAAUUACAUACAAGUAUAUAUAAAUAUAUAUAAAUACAUAUACAUGGAAAUUGUUUAUUAUUUUAUUACUAUAAAAAUAAUAAAAAUAUAAAAUUAAUGUAACUAAUAAUUAAAUUGCUCG